CUUGGCGUUGUUGUGCCAAGAGGCCCAGGACGACUCAGAUUCGCAAAAACUCGUCGUCCGGCGGUCUUUAAGAUCGAUGAGACCUUCGAUUUAAAUGAUUUCUCUCGUGGGUUUUAGUCGGAUUCAAGGUCAAGAACUUAGUCGUUCGCGGACAACCAAGAAAGCGCAUCUCUUCUUAUCAAUGGAGGUAGCUUACUUUCUCUUGGUCUAGAUUGCAUUCUUCGGAAGUUGUGGCUUUUGUCUCCAUUCUUAAUAUCUCUGCAGCAGUGCUAGUUUCCUGUUCUCGAUAUUACCGUGAGUUUCUGGGUUCUUUUAAUUUUCUUUCAAUGGCGCCUUCCUCUGUUGCUUCUCCUCUCUGUACAUGGCUCGUCGCUGCUUGCAUGUCAGUUACCUGCGAUAAAGAGCAUUCCUUCAAGUCUUCUGUUUUUCAGUCUCCGGAGAGAUUGAGUAGGAAGGCCCGUAGAAGGAGAGUCUCAUCUAAAUGCAGUGCUAGCGGCCACGAUUUCCCUGGGGGUUUGAUUUCAUCCUUUUGUGGAUCGAGUUUGCAAGCCCUCAUGAGUUCUUGUUUGGCGUUUGAGCCCUGCGAGGAGUAUUGCAGUUCCAAGGGGCUUUCUUCUUUGGCUUUCUUUGGUGACAAUGGGUUUUCUCUGUUUGGGUCGAGGAAUGGGCCGAUGACUCGAAGGCAGAGGCGGAUGAACCGUGCUGCCCACUCAGUUGCAGGGAUGACCAUGGCUGUAGCUGUGCAACCUGCAAAGGAAGUCCCAACAAAAAAGCCUCUCACGAAGCAACGGAGGGUUGUUGUGACGGGAAUGGGUGUGGUGACUCCAAUUGGUCAUGAACCUGAUAUCUUCUAUAAUAAUCUACUUGAGGGUGUCAGUGGCAUAAGUGAGAUUGAGGCAUUUGACUGUGCCCAUUUUCCUACGAGAAUUGCCGGAGAAAUCAAAUCUUUCUUAACAGAUAAAUGGGUUGCACCUAAACUCUCUAAAAGGGCUGACAAGUUUAUGCUGUACAUGCUAACUGCUGGCAAGAAAGCCUUGGUGGAUGGAGGGAUUACCGAAGAAGUCAUGCGUGAGUUAAGAAAAGAUAAGUGUGGGGUAUUAAUUGGCUCUGCAAUGGGUGGUAUGAAGGUAUUCUAUGAUGCAUUAGAAGCUCUAAGGGUUUCAUAUAAGAAGAUGAAUCCCUUCUGUGUCCCUUUUGCUACAACAAACAUGGGUUCUGCAAUGCUUGCAAUGGAUAUAGGGUGGAUGGGUCCAAAUUAUUCAAUUUCAACUGCCUGUGCAACGAGCAACUUUUGUAUACUGAAUGCGGCUAACCAUAUUAUCAGAGGUGAAGCUGAUAUGAUGCUUUGUGGUGGCUCUGAUGCGACAAUCAUACCUAUUGGCUUGGGAGGUUUUGUGGCAUGCAGAGCACUUUCCCAGAGGAACAGCGAUCCUACUAAAGCUUCACGCCCUUGGGAUAUUAAUCGCGAUGGAUUUGUUAUGGGAGAAGGAGCUGGGGUUCUGCUGUUAGAAGAACUCGAGCAUGCUAAGGAACGAGACGCAAAUAUUUAUGCAGAAUUUCUUGGUGGAAGCUUCACAUGUGAUGCCUAUCACAUGACGGAGCCUCAUCCUGAAGGGACUGGCAUUAUUCUUUGCAUAGAGAAAGCCUUGGCACAAUCUGGGGUUGCCAGAGAAGAUGUCAAUUACAUUAAUGCACAUGCUACAUCGACACUGGCUGGUGACCUGAAAGAGUACCAAGCUCUCAUUCGUUGUUUUGGCCAAAAUCCUGAGCUGAGAGUGAACUCUACGAAAUCCAUGAUUGGUCAUCUAUUAGGAGCAGCUGGUGCUGUAGAAGCUGUUGCAACAGUACAGGCGAUAAGGACGGGAUGGGUCCAUCCAAACGUCAAUCUUGAAAACCCUGAUGAAGGCGUGGACACGAAUGUGCUGGUGGGCCCCAAGAAGGAACGGCUGGACAUAAAGGUGGCACUGUCUAAUUCAUUUGGCUUUGGAGGCCACAAUUCAUCCAUCCUAUUUGCUCCCUACAAGUAAAUCUGGUAGGCAACUCUAACCUUGGGAAGUGAAGG